CACUUUACAGAUGAGCAAAAUGAGGACUAUCUAAGAUAAACUAUUUGCCCAGUGUCACACAGCAAGUAAAUGGCAGGGCUAGGACUGGUACCUGGGUUUCCUGCCUCCCAAGCCAGGCUACCUCUUGGACCUCUGUGAUGCGUCAAAGCCCAAAAAACACACUAAGAACCUUGGGUCAAUAGCCUAGCAAGCUCCUCGUGCCAUUCGUUCCUUGCCAGAUCUUUCAGAAACAAUGUCUGCCAUCCACCCUUGUUGGCCCUUGUUGGCAUCAUUGCAUCAGGAAUGGGGCCAAGUCACCUGCCAGACUGUACAUUUCAAGAAUCUCAAGUGGUCCACCCUGUGCCUUCAUUGAGGGGGAGGUGGGGCCCCAUAGCAGGAGAGGUCACGUAGAGAGUGGCUCACAAAUGCAAAUGAGGAAUCUGGCAGAGUAUAAAAGGCUCUGGCACCCAGUGUUCCUCACACAGCUCAGCUAGCUUCUCUUCUUGCUUAUCCCUCCUGGUGAUCCAGCUCUUCAUCCCCCUGCUACUGAAAAGAUGUCUUACCAGAAGACCCAGCCCACACCCCAGCCCCCAGUAGGCUGUGUCAGGGUCUCCGGCGGCGGCGGCGGCGGUGGCGGUGGCUCAGGUGGCGGCGGAUCCGGCUGCGGUGGCGGUAGCAGCGGUGGUGGCAGCGGCGGCUACUGCCACACCAGCGGCGGCGGCGGCUCCUCCAGCUGCGGAGGCGGCUCCGGCGGUGGCGGUGGCUCCUCCUACUAUCCCAGCCAACAGAAGUACUCUGGCGGCGGCGGUGGCGGCGGCGGCGGCGGCUCCGGCUGCGGCGGCGGCGGCGGCUCCGGGGGCAGCGGGGGUGGCUACAGCUGCGGAGGCGGCUCCGGCGGCGGCUACUACUCCGGCGGCGGCGGCGGCUCCGGCUGCGGCGGCGGCGGCGGCUCCGGGGGCAGCGGGGGUGGCUCCAGCUGCGGAGGCGGCUCCGGCGGUGGCGGUGGCUCCUCCUACUAUCCCAGCCAACAGAAGUAUUCCGGCAGCAGCGGCGGCGGCGGCGGCUCCGGCUGCGGCGGCGGCGGCUCCGGGGGCAGCGGGGGUGGCUACAGCUGCGGAGGCAGUUCUGGAGGCGGCUCUAGCGGCGGCUCCAGCUGCGGAGGCGGCUCUGGUGGCGGCUACUACUCCGGCGGCGGCGGCGGCUCCGGCUGCGGCGGGGGCUACUCCGGGGGCAGCGGAGGUGGCUCCAGCUGCGGAGGCGGCUCCGGCGGCGGUGGCGGUGGCUCCUCCUACUAUCCCAGCCAACAGAAGUAUUCCGGCAGCAGCGGCGGCGGCGGCGGCUCCGGCUGCGGCGGCGGCGGCGGCGGCUCCGGGGGCAGCGGGGGUGGCUACAGCUGCGGAGGCAGUUCUGGAGGCGGCUCUAGCGGCGGCUCCAGCUGCGGAGGCGGCUCCGGCGGCGGCUACUACUCCGGCGGCGGCGGCUCCAGCGGCGGCGGCUACUCUUCUCAGCAGUGCGUCCAAGCUCCAUCCCAGCAGAGCAGCGGAGGGGGAUCAUACGGAGGCGGCUACGGCGGCGGCAGCUGCGGCGGCGGCUCCGGCGGUGGCUCCAGCGGUGGCGGCUGCUACCCCAGCGGCGGCGGCUCCAGCUGCGGCGGCGGCUCCGGCGGUGGCUCCAGCGGUGGCGGCUGCUACCCCAGCGGCGGGGGCUGCAGCUGCGGCGGCGGCUCCGGCGGUGGCUCCAGCGGUGGCGGCUGCUACCCCAGCGGCGGCGGCGGGGGUGGCUCCGGGGGGAGCGGCGGAGGCUCCUCCGGGGGUGGCAAGGGAGUGCCCGUGGCCCACCAGACCCAGCAGAAGCAGGCACCUUGCUGGCCGACCAAGUAAACCAUCCUGCCCAGCGCCCAGAGGAAUGAGCAAAAAGUUUGUUCUUGCUGUAGCCUAAAGGUUUACAAUUCUCAUGAUAUUGCCUUAAGUUUCACCAAAUGCCUUCAAUUCUUCCUCAGCCUCUAAAAUGAAAGGGUCUCCUUUCAGCUGCCGCUUAACCUCAAUGGCAGUUCCAACACCUGUGUUUUGUUCUCCGGAAUAUUUCACGUGACUGGGAAAUGUCAUCAUCCCUUCUACAGAUCCCCUCUUCACCCUAGUUCGGUACCACCAUCUUCCUAUUUUGCCCUAAGCUAAUAAACUUGCAAUUCAUGAGCAUUUCUGUGUCUAAAGCAAUCUUUCUAUAUUGUUCUUCUGUUUUUGUUUUUCGGGUUGGGGGGGUGCAAGCAGAAAUGGACAUGAGAAUGGAAAUGGAAGUGAGGUUAUUCUAAAUCUUCCAAUUCACUUGU